AUGUACGUCCACCAGGACUAUAUUCCAGCCAAGUCUCAACCCGAUCAAAAAAAAUUAAUUUUAGAUGAACAUAAUUACAAGAGAGAGUCGAAGAAAUCAAUAGAAAGAGAUUAUACUGGAACAUUCUCUUGUACAACUACUUACAUUUCUUCUGCUAAUAAUUCUCCGAACAAGACUUCAAUUGAAUACGACAUUGAGGAAGCUUUGGAUAUCAAGGAAGAAAUAAUCCAAGUUCCGGAAAAAACUACAGUCAAUGAAUGGAUAAAGACAGAGGAUAUAAAAUUAUGUACCGCAGAAAAUAGUUCAGCUGUUAUUUGUACUAGCAAGAACGAAUUACGUCCUGAUGAGAAGCACGAAAUUCAGGAAUCAAAUCCAGAAAAGAAACACACAUGCGAAAAGUGCGGACGAAGCUAUAGGCGGAGACAAGGUUUGUACAGCCAUCAAAAAUUCGAAUGCAACGUCAAUCCACAGUUUUUAUGUAAAUUCUGCAACAAAAGAUUUGCACACAAAUUUCGCAUGGUUCGCCACGUGGACCAAACAUCGAAAUCCGGUUAUAAAUGUGAUGAAUGUCCUCGAAGUUACACAUGGUUAAGUGGUUUAAGUCGACACAAACGUUCAGUACAUGUAGCAGUCAAACCACAAUUUACUUGUGAUUUUUGCGGACAUCAAGCUAAUCAGAAAAGUAGCUUGUCAAGACACAUUGCUUCACAUCAUUUGAAAUGA